AAAUUGAAAAUUCCCAAGUAUCUCAUAACCUGGCAAACCUGGCGGAACGCGCAAAAUGUGGAUAAGCUUCAAUUAUGAUCGGACUCUACCUUUUGGACAUUUACGUGGAGCAAUUGAUGCUGAACAAAGACAUGUACAUAGACACGUGUGGGGCGAAGCUCGUCGUGAAAGUUGCGUUCAUCGAUUUUCCAUCGACCGAGGUCAACGAGCGCGAACGCUCCGUGAAAAAUGAGACGAUUUACGUGUACGGGUUCAAAUGCGGCCAAUCCAUACACUUCUCCAUGCCCGCCGAGGAUCUGGUCACCAAGAUGAAGAAGGCGUUGCUGAAAAUCGGCAUUUUUAAGGUUAACGACACGUUCCCCAUCUGCCACAUCUUCACGCAUCUCAGCGGUUGCGCCUGCGACAUGGUGAGAA